AUGGUAUUCAAUCCCCACAAGGACGAUGUCGCGGGCCACCGCUACACGGACUAUAACCCGGCCGACUAUGAGGCCUCUCGGCCGGAGGAUAUCACGGACGACAGCCUAGUCGACCCGGACUCGGGCGUCAAGCGCGGCCUCAAGAAUAGGCACCUGUCCAUGAUGGCUCUGGCCGGCAUAAUCGGGCCUGGAUUGCUUGUGGGAGCUGGAGGCGCAUUGAACAAUGGCGGUCCUGCGUCGCUGCUGAUCGGAUUCGGUGUGAUCGGUAUCAUCGCAUUCGCCAUCAUGCAGUCGCUCGGUGAGCUCACCACCAUCUUCCCUGGUGGGGGUUCCUUCAUCUCACUCGCCGAGCGCAUGGUCGACAAGUCCUUCUCGGUAGCUGUGGGCUGGAACUACUUCAUCAUCUGGGCCACCGUUCUCGCCAAUGAGUACAAUGUCAUCUGCAACAUCCUCACCUACUGGGUCCCGCAGGUCCCCCUCUGGGGCUGGUUCCUCAUCCUCUGGUCCUUGUUCCUGGGCUUCCAGCUUCUAGGCAUUGCCGCCUUUGGAGAGGCUGAGUUCUGGCUUGCUCUGAUCAAGCUGCUUGGUCUGACUGCCUUCUUCAUAUUCUCCAUCAUAUACUGCGCCGGCGGUCUGGUUGGCCAAACUGAGCCACUUGGCACGCGAUACUGGAACGACCCAGGCCCGUUCAAUGGAAACGGCUUCCGCGGCGUCGCUGUUGUCUUCGUUUUCUGCUCUACGUUCUACGCUGGUGUCGAAUCUGUCGCUGUUGCGGCUACCGAGACGAGGAACCCGGGCACGGCCGUGCCCCAGGCCAUCCGACAGGUGUUCUGGCGCAUCAUCUUUGUGUAUAUGGGAUCUGCCCUUUUCUUCGGGCUGACUUGCCCAGCAAACGCGCCCGAUCUUGUCGGUGGAUCUUCAAAGGCUCUCCAGAGUCCUAUGACGAUUGCCAUCCGGAAUGCAGGUUGGGAAGGUGGUGUCCAUCUAAUCAACGCUUUCAUCCUGGUUACCUGUCUAUCCGCGAUCAACUCGUCCAUCUACAUCGGCUCGCGAACCGUCCUGUACAUGGCACAGUCUGGAAAGGCCCCCAAAAUCUUGGGCUGGGUCAAUGGUCGCGGCGUCCCGGUCUGGGCUAUUCUCAUCACCAACGCGGUCGGCUCCAUCUCCAUGAUGAAUGUGUCCACCGGUGCUGCCAAAGCCUACACCUACAUUGUUAACCUGUCCGGUGUGAGCACCUUCCUUGUCUGGGCUGGUAUCUGCUUCAUCCAUAUCCGAUUCCGCCGCGGCUGGAAGGUUCAGAACCACAGCUUGCGCGAGCUGCCGUUCAAGGCAAUGGGGUUCCCUUUCCUGGCCUACGGAGGUCUCAUCGCCACCAUCUUCCUGGCGUUUGUCCAGGGUUGGACCACGCUGGCACCCUUCGACGCGCCCAACUUUGUGGUGGCUUACAUCCUGCUGCCCUUGUUCGGCGUCAUCUACGUCAUCUGCAAGCUCUGGUGGCGGAGCGCCGAUCCCUUCAAGCGUAGCUGGGAUAUCGAUCUGGCCAGCGGGAGGAGAGUCGAUCUCGAUAAGUCGGAUGCUGCCAUCAGCUCGGGAGGGUACAAGCCGCCUCUGUGGAAGCGGUUGUGGAAUUCUUUUUAA